AUGCCGUUGAUUCACUCGAAAUGGUCGAAAGAGCGUUUUUUAAAAACGAAAUUACUACACAAAACUUCACGUCAUUUGAUCGCAAUUUCAAUAAAUUAUCUCCUAGCACGUGAUCAGCGAAAACUAAAUGAACAGAAUGAGAAUAUCUGUCAAUCGAUCGAACAGAUCGACGAACAUUUGGAUGCGUUAGGAGAGAAAUUCAAUACAUUAAACAAUAUUUGCUAUUUCCUUCGCAUACCGUCUCGUGUCUAUUUGGAAAAGAGAAUAGUGCGUCUACACCAAGUAGCUAAGGAAUACUUAGAUGCUAUCGAGGAAGAAAUUCGCGAUGAAAUUGAUCAUUGGAAUAAUAUUCAAUCGAUUCUUUCUCAACCAUUGCUAGAAACUGGUCUUAUACGAAGUUAUUAUGGUGGACUACCUCGACAAGUGCAGCAGAAUCCUGCAAGCGAAUUGAAUACAAUAUAUGAAGCAAAUGAAACAGUGAGAUCGAUCCGUUCACUCGCACCGAUCAGCACAUUUUCAAUCUUAUCGAAUACAACGAUGGAUGAUGAAAAUGAUUUAGAAUCGAAGAGAUUCAAUAAAACAUUUGUUAAAACGAAAUCUACAGUGAAUGAUUCACUGCUCGACGAUGAAAAUAUCACAUCGACAAAACUACAUAAGAAACGAUCGAGUUAUCGAUCUAAACUAGAUUUGGAAAACGAUACACGAGAAGAAUUCAUAAUUUGCAUUGAUUAA